AAAUGAGGCAGCUGUAGUUCAACCAGACCGAUACUCCUACGACCAGUGGUAACUGCGAUAGUGAACUUCUUCAGUUCUAUUGCAACAGUUGACAAGAUACAAAAAUGAAGCUCGCCGUUCACUGUUUGACUGUCGCUGUUGCUUUUGUACUGACUGUGGACUCAGCGUCCCGAUUCAGUGAUGAGCGUUGCUAUGAUACAAAAGCAGUUUGCGCUUUGGAAGAGCUAAGGAAGUUGUGCUCUUACACUCGCUGGCAUUGUCGGGAUCUCGGUUUUGAAGUUAAGACUGAUAACAUGUACCCUCACAUCACCGGCGACUGUGAUAAGAGGGGCCCUACUGAUUUCUGUCGGACUGCAGAGAAAGCCAAGGAGUGCAAAGCUGACAAGGAAUUCUGCAACGAAAUAGGCUAUUGGCUUUUCUAGGUAAAAACAAAGUUUACAUUUUAUAACGACAAUAAAUUUGUGCUUUGAUAUCUCCUACAUCAACAAUAGUUGAUACUUCCGACAACAAUGCUACUUUAGUGCUAUAUACACGCAGCCAUAAACCUAGUGCUGGUAUAACGAGUCCAGACCGUUUAUACAAGUGGUACCUCGCAACCCCAAAAUCAUAAAAACACGGUCUUUAGGAGUUAAGGUUCCGCUUCAAUGCUAAACCAACAUACAGCCAUAUCGCUUCAUCUAUGAAGGUAUCUUACUCGAGAAGACUACGUUUAUGCUGUAUAUGAGGCGAAGCUACAUACUAGAUUAGCUAUCCAAUCUGGAAAAAUGGAAACACAGCUCCAGCGAAUUUUAAGAUGUUUUUUUAAGAGAAAAUAGUUAACUUAACAAGUUAUCGGAAGGCACCUUUUUUAGGAUAUUUCUGUGCAUCUUUUUCAAA